AAACCUUGUAAACUUAAACCAAUAAUUUCUCGAAAAACCGAAAUAGAGAAACAGAGCACAGGCGCCACAGCCCCUCCUCGCUCAGCUGCUCGCACCACUUUCUCUGCUUCUGCCUACAAUAAUUACGUGUCCAUUGUCCAACAAACAGUAAGUCAGACCACACAUUCUGCACUCUUUUCCUCAGUUUCUCUCAGACUCUCUCCUUUUGCCCACUCCCCUCCAAUAAUGCUUCUCUCCGACCCUAACACCGCCGGCGGUUCCUCGGCCGCGGACCCUCCGCGCUUCAGUGAAGAUAUUGACAGCACUUGCUCCACCCCUUUUGUCAGCGCCCCGUCCAGCCCGGGACAUGGUCCCUCAGGUUAUUUCUUCAGUGCACCUGCUAGCCCAAUGCAUUUCCUACUUUCGAAUGCGAAAACUAAAGCGUCUUCUACUGAUUAUGAGCCUGUUUUCCUGUCCUCUGAUUCGGGCUCGUUCGAGUUCGAGUUUUCUUCUCGGUUUUCACCUAAUGGGUCGGGCGGAAAUGGGUCCAUGACGUCUGCUGAUGAACUGUUCUUCAACGGUCAGAUCCGACCCAUGAAAUUGUCUUCUCAUCUAGAGAGGCCUCAGGACACCGUUGCGUCAUUUGUAGAUUUCUAUAAUGAGGAGGAUUCGGUAGAUGUCACAAAUGUAAGAGGCAGAGAUCUGAGGGUGCGGGGUACUAAAUACUCGCACCGCAAAGCCAGAUCCAUGUCGCCAUUACGCUUCGGACAGUUCGAAUGGCAUGGGUUGAAACCCAUCGACGCGAAUCAAGAGAAUGAAGCCAAGGAGAAUGAGUCGAGCGAGACGACGCCGUCGUGCUCGGCAUCUUCAUCGCGUUCAUCUUCAUCUGGAAGAAACUCGAAGAAGUGGUUAUUUCUGAAGGAUCUUUUGCAUCGGAGCAAAAGCGAGGGAAGAACCCAAAACAAGGAGAGAUUCUGGUCCGCGAUAUCAUUCUCCCAGGUGAAGGAGAAGAAAACGUCAUCGUCGCCGUCGCCUUCUCCGGUGCUGUCCCCGUCAUCCUCCCGUGACGAGAAGAAAGGCAAAACAGAGACAAAGAAAGAAAGGAAAGCUCCAGCUACUGUGAAACCGGCGAAUGGGGUGUGGAGACGGCGGGUGCCGCCGUCAGCCCACGAGUUGCAUUACACAGCAAACAGAGCUCAAGCGGAGGAGAUGAAGAAAAAGACGUUUCUCCCAUACAGGCAGGGGCUUCUGGGGUGCCUGGGUUUCAGUUCGAAGAGUUAUGGCGCUUUCAGUGGAUUUACUAGAAAUCUGAACCCCAUUUCUUCCAGGUGAAAAUUAAACCAACAAAAGUUCUGUAUAGUUUGUGGCAGUAAGUAUUUAUUACUAAUAAUAAUUCAACCUAUUUAUUUUUCUGUUCUUGCCAU